CAUAGCCAUAGCUAGCAAGCAUGGCAUUUGCUCUAAUUUUCUUCAUUGUCUUCUCCUUGGCUUUCUCUGAAGCCACUUCUUCUUCUUCGUCUACAAAACCUGUUCCUUAUUCCCAACCUCUAAAUAAAACCAGUUUUCCAAAAAGCUUCCUUUUUGGAGCUGGUACUGCUGCUUAUCAGUCUGAAGGGGCAUCAUUUUUAGAUGGAAAGGGACCAAAUAUAUGGGAUGCUUUUACUCGCCAACAUCCAGAAAAAAUUUGGGAUCGAAGCAACGGAGACGUAGCUGUGGAUUUUUAUCAUCGUUAUAAGGUAAAAGAAGACAUCAAAUUAAUGAAGAAAACUGGUUUGGACUCUUUCAGAUUUUCCAUUUCAUGGUCAAGAAUAUUCCCAAAUGGUACACUCAAAGGAGGGGUUAAUCAACUUGGCGUCAAAUACUACAAUGAUCUCAUCAACGCGCUUCUAGCGAAUGGAAUCAAGCCAUUUGUGACAUUGUUUCAUUUUGACACACCAUUAGCACUUGAAAAUGGUUACGGCAGUUGGUUGAGCCCUAAGAUAGUGAAGGACUUCUCAGACUAUGCAGAUUUUUGUUUUAAGACAUUCGGAGAUCGGGUCAAAUAUUGGGUUACUAUGAAUGAGCCCAAUAGUUUUGCCAUGUUUGCUUACAAUUAUGGCACCUUUGCCCCCGGUCGAUGUUCUAAGUACGUUGGUAAUUGUACCAUGGGUAACUCUGCCACUGAACCCUACAUUGUAGCCCAUCAUUUGCUUCUUUCACAUGCCACUGCUGUAAAAUUGUAUAGACAAAAGUAUCAGCGGUACCAAAAGGGGAAAAUAGGGAUUACUAUAGUUACUCAUUGGUUCGAACCAAAACACAAAACAACAGCUGAUCAAAGGGCGGCCUCUAGAGCUCUUGAUUUCUUAUUUGGGUGGUUUGCUCAACCAGUAACCUUUGGUCAUUAUCCCCAAAGUAUGAGAUUAGUAGCCAAAAAUAGACUUCCCAAGUUCACCGAAGCAGAGUCAAAGUUACUAAAAGGGUGUAUAGAUUUUCUUGGAUUGAAUUAUUACACAGCCAAUUAUGCAGAAAGUGCUCCCUUGACAAGCACUCGCAACCUUAGUUAUGUUGGAGAUCGACAAGCCACUCUCACUACUGACAAAAAUGGAAUUCCAAUUGGGACCCCGACUGCAUUGGGCUGGCUUUUCAUAUAUCCACAGGGAAUUCGGAAGCUUCUGCUGCAUAUAAAGGAUCAUUACAACAAUCCAGAAAUUUAUAUCACUGAAAACGGAUUGGCUGAUGCAAAUAACGACACUACUUUGCCUGUUAAAGAAGCUAUCAAGGAUAGCUUGAGGAUAAGAUACCUUCAUGGACACCUCUCAUAUCUUGCUCAGGCUAUAAGGGAAGGUGUUAGAGUGAAAGGAUAUUAUGUUUGGACAUUUUGGGACGACUUUGAGUGGGAUGCUGGCUAUACAGUCCGUUUCGGCAUAGCUUACAUUGAUUUCAAAGACAAUUUGAAAAGGCAUCUCAAAUAUUCUGCUUACUGGUUGAAGAGGUUCCUCCUCCACUAAGUAUAGAUCGGUAUUACUAUGGAUGAGAGAGAGUAUAAUAAAUUAUUGUGAUCCUGCGGAUUUAAGAUAGUUAAACAAGUGUGAAAUGUUAUGCUUAGUUUAACAUAUGUGUAGAUGAUUUCUCCACUACACUUGAAUAAUGUCAUUUUUCGAUCUUAUCAAAUAAAGG